UUUCUCAUUCUCAUCUACCACCGGCACCGCAUACUUUCUCCUUCACCGGCGGCGUGCUAAUCUUCGUGUCCAUCCUGUAAGUUCUACCGCCGCUAUGGCGAGCGAGAACUGCACAUCCUACCCAGAUUUGGAUCUGGAGCUAAGAUUAGGUCUUCUCCCUUGCGCGUCCAGGAAACGACGGCGGGUCGAUGACUCGGAAGAAGUAAACCCUCCUUCUCCGAUCAGCAAUCUCGGUGACGAUCUCCUAGCAGAAGUUCUGAUUCGCCUUCCGGAACCCAGAUCCGCCUGGCGAUGCAAAGCAGUCUGCAAGCGAUGGAAGUCUCUGAUUUCCGAUCCCCACUUCGUUGGCCGUUUCAUUUCUCACCACCAGAGCAGAUGGAACCGAUACGGCGGCGGCGAAUUCGAAGAACCACCUUUGAUGGCCUCAUGCUUCGGCGAAUCCAUUUUGAGCUUCCUCCCCCUGCCUGAUAAAUUAGGUUUCGAACAACGAUGGUAUUUCCGAGUUUUUGAUUCCUACAAGGACUUGGUUUUGUGCGGAUUUACCGAGGCAGGGGGAUUUCGUGCCGAAUAUCCGAGAUCUCUCUUCCUCUGCAACCCGUUUACGGAGCAGUGGAUCGCUCUUCCUCUAGCGCCUGAAUCGUGGCGGUCUUCUGCGAUUGGAUUUAAGGAGGCAAGGUUAGUUUGUGAACCCCGCUCUAAUGUUGAACUUGAUCUAGGAGAUGGCCAAAAACCAUUUGUUUAUUCCUCUGCAUAUCGGUUUCGGGUGGUCUGUAUAUAUCCCUUGCCCGAUUCUAUAAGGAUAGACGUGUUUUGUUCCGAGUCUGGAGAGUGGACGAAGGAGGCUCUUGUUCUUAAUGAGCAUCUCUUAUGGUUUAAUCUUAAUGUAGUUUCUACAUCGUGCAACGGAGGGUUGUUUUGGUUCUGUAUGAAUUCCAGAGUUUUGGGGUUUCAUCCAAUAAUUGCUGGGUUUAAUCCCUUUCGCUUUGAUGUACCUCCCAUCCGAUUUAACGCUUCUCGACUCCCCAUGGGUAGCUGGAAUAUUUCGGUCUCACAAGGUGCUCUACACCUAAUUUCACUUAGGCAUACAUUUGCUCCACCUACAUUUUUGAGUGUUUUGAGACUGGAAGAAGACCGUAAAUCUUGGAGUAUACAACAUAGAACCGUGUUAAGGAGGACAAUCCAACAUUGCGGCUAUGAACUUAAGGACUGGAAUGUAGCUGGUUUGCAUCCAGAGAAGCCGCACAUUGUCUUCUUCAAACGUCCUGGUUUUGAUGAUGAUCAUCCUCGUGGUGUUGUACUGUCCUACGAUAUGAAGACUGGAGAGCUAGGGUUGUUUGGUGAGUUUGUUCCCAGAUUCCAGCCUAGGGUUUCUUGCUGGCCUACCCCGAUUCCAAGGUACGAGGAACUGCGAGCUAUAUACGAUGGGCGGCACAGCUGUUGGGUUCAACAGAGCAGCCGCAAAGCAGCAACUCUCUCCCUGAACAAACGGUAAUAAUCUACUCAUGCUUGUACAAAUGUCUACUUUGUUUUCUGCAUUUGCUUUGCAUCUCUGUUUCGGGUUUAGGAAUUCGCUAAUAAAGUCCGAAAGAAGUUUCUGCAUUUGCUUUGCAUUUGUUUUUUUCCCCAUCUUUUACGUAUGUGUAGUUCUUUUCAUUUUCUUACCCAUGCUCUUCUUGUUGCUAAUAUUACCUUUUCAUCCCAUUUAUGCAGUGUCUGGACUGCCAAAGAGAGAAUUAUGGAGUGGCUGGAUUCUCAGAAGAAAGAAUUUAUGCAGUGGCUGGCUUAAUUAAAAGACCCCCUCCCGUGUUAGGAAGCAGAAGGCGGUGAAGCUUGAAAGGUUUGCCCGUGUUGUUCAGAAGGAUGGCGCCAUUGGAUGAAACUUUCGUCUGCAAUUAGUCUUGGCUGUCUUUGACUUGUUGGAAUGCCUGUGAUCAAUCUUAUUCAAGAGGACCAGAAAGCAAGAGUGUCCAGGGUCCUUUACUUUCCCUGUACUAUUAUUGCCCUGAGCCAUGGUUUUAGGCGCUGCAACUUGUUUAGGUAGCCAAAGUUUCUCUGUAAGAUAGUUUAUUUAUUCAGCUGUCAUGGAAUGUAACAAGAUCUAUGUAGUUGUAUAUUGGAUGCUACAUAUCUUAACUAGGGGUCCUAGUCCAACAUUUGAAAAAAAAAAAGGAUUAGGACCCCUCUUGCUUACGUAACAUUUUUUAGUAAUUUUAGUGACCAAACUUGCAAUUUAGCCAAAUCUUAUAUGUAUAUAAGGUUUAGUAUGAUCCUUGACAUUUAGAACCUCAUAAUAAUCUAGUAGAUGUUACAUUUUAGCUCACGACCUGAGUAUCCAAUCAACUCAAAAUUCAUUAAAUACAUAACAAAAUUUUUGUGUUGUUAAAAUUUUAAAAACCCCACUCAAGUCUGCUUGUGAUUUCAUUACACAAUAUACAUAUAUCCCGAACAAAAAAAAAAUUAUAGUAAAAGACAGACGUCUUAGCUCGUAUUAAUAAUUAAACCUUCAUGGGAAAUUCCCAUAGCAUCGUACAAAAUCCAGUAGUGAAGCUCUGGAUCGCCGCAAAAUUACAUUCUCUAAAUGUACUACCGGCACCACCGUGGGCGGCGAUGUAUAUAAUAAUAUAAGAACGUGAUC